AUGACUACAUGGCUCUUCAAUGUAAGUGUCUUGCAUCUGUCUGCCUCCUUCUCUGAGCCGCGACUAGCCUCCUUCGCGGCUGAGGGACAACUCGCGUGUCGUAUGUUUUUCAACGGAAAACCUCUCGAUCUCACAUUUCAGCCCGCAUCGGAGAUGAUUGGAGGGGGAAAACCCCAGUCUACUUUUCUUUACCGUAUCCAAUCCCUCACGGUUGCUGACCUUUUAAACAUGUUGAGGCAGAGGUCUGUGAGGUUUUACAUCGUUCCCGUGAAAAGGAACAGUGAUCCGUUAGGUAAGGAGAUACGGGCGGCCUGCAGAGCGACCACGAACAUCAUGUGCAUAGCAGAGCGUGGGGGUGGGCUGCUUGAACUUCCCCUGACAUCUGCUGCUUCAAAGGAAGAAGGAAAUAGUGGUAUUGUAGGUACUCUUUCGGUAUGUAUUGCUUUUGAUCAGUUAGCGGAAGUGGAGUUACGUCUCAAGGAGUUUUACGUCUCGGGCUUGGAAAAUGGGAUAUAUGGAUUGCAUUGUCGUCUUGCCCCCUUCAAGGAGGGUGUUGUGAGCAAGUUGACGCGGGCGCUGUCUGGCACCGCUCGGUGGACUGACGCCGAAGUGCCUAUGGCGAAGUAUCGGGGUGUGCUGCGUAACUUAAAAAAGCAUCAGUUUGCUAUAGCUGUUUAUUUGAUAGAUGGCAAUAAUAACGAAAGGCCAGUCGCGUCGUUUGAAGUGGAUUUAGCAAUCAAAAAUACAAGUGCGUCCUGCAAAGAGAUAACAAUCCCAUUCUCCAUGAGUGAUGGAAAGACAUCAACAACGGUGAACGGGGCUCUUCAACUGAGCGGGUUACCGACCUUUGAGGACGAAAUGCAAAAAAUAUUACGAGCAGGUCCGGCAUGCGUUGACACUGAAGAUGAAAAGAAAGAGAAAAACAAAUUCUCAGAUCCCGAAGGGGCCAAGAGCUCAGAGGCCGAGAGCACCACAGAAAUUGAUACAGAAAACUCAAGUAUGGGUCGCCAUCUCCCCGAAUAUUCGCAGGGAUCGUCCCCUCCAAUUGUUUCGCGCACAUCAACCCCUACAAGAGCGUCACCACGGGAUAUUUCUUCCCCACCUAGCGAAGAUCAAGAUGCUGAAGAUUGUCGAUUCAGCUUUCCGAGUAAAAACAGCAUUUCUGCCCUUUGGCACUCUGAAGCAGAUCUGGAAUCUCCAACACCGCCACCUGAGAAGGACAUGGAUGUGCAUGGUGAUGUUCCACCGCCAACACCGCCACCUGAGAAGGACAUGGAUGUGCAUGGUGAUGUUCCACCGCCAACACCGCCACCCGAGAAGGACAUGGAUGUGCAUGGUGAUGUUCCACCGCCAACACCGCCACCCGAGAAGGACAUGGAUGUGCAUGGUGAUGUUCCACCGCCAACACCGCCACCUGAGAAGGACAUGGAUGUGCAUGGUGAUGUUCCACCGCCAACACCGCCACCCGAGAAGGACAUGGAUGUGCAUGGUGAUGUUCCACCGCCAACACCGCCACCCGAGAAGGACAUGGAUGUGCAUGGUGAUGUUCCACCGCCAACACCGCCACCUGAGAAGGACAUGGAUGUGCAUGGUGAUGUUCCACCGCCAACACCGCCACCCGAGAAGGACAUGGAUGUGCAUGGUGAUGUUCCACCGCCAACACCACCACCCGAGAAGGACAUGGAUGUGCAUGGUGAUGUUCCACCGCCAACACCGCCACCCGAGAAGGACAUGGAUGUGCAUGGUGAUGUUCCACCGCCAACACCGCCACCCGAGAAGGACAUGGAUGUGCAUGGUGAUGUUCCACCGCCAACACCACCACCCGAGAAGGACAUGGAUGUGCAUGGUGAUGUUCCACCGCCAACACCGCCACCCGAGAAGGACAUGGAUGUGCAUGGUGAUGUUCCACCGCCAACACCGCCACCCGAGAAGGACAUGGAUGUGCAUGGUGAUGUUCCACCGCCAACACCGCCACCCGAGAAGGACAUGGAUGUGCAUGGUGAUGUUCCACCGCCAACACCGCCACCCGAGAAGGACAUGGAUGUGCAUGGUGAUGUUCCACCGCCAACACCGCCACCCGAGAAGGACAUGGAUGUGCAUGGUGAUGUUCCACCGCCAACACCGCCACCUGAGAAGGACAUGGAUGUGCAUGGUGAUGUUCCACCGCCAACACCACCACCUGAGAAGGACAUGGAUGUGCAUGGUGAUGUUCCACCGCCAACACCGCCACCCGAGAAGGACAUGGAUGUGCAUGGUGAUGUUCCACCGCCAACACCGCCACCCGAGAAGGACAUGGAUGUGCAUGGUGAUGUUCCACCGCCAACACCGCCACCUGAGAAGGACAUGGAUGUGCAUGGUGAUGUUCCACCGCCAACACCGCCACCCGAGAAGGACAUGGAUGUGCAUGGUGAUGUUCCACCGCCAACACCACCACCCGAGAAGGACAUGGAUGUGCAUGGUGAUGUUCCACCGCCAACACCACCACCCGAGAAGGACAUGGAUGUGCAUGGUGAUGUUCCACCGCCAACACCACCACCCGAGAAGGACAUGGAUGUGCAUGGUGAUGUUCCACCGCCAACACCACCACCCGAGAAGGACAUGGAUGUGCAUGGUGAUGUUCCACCGCCAACACCACCACCCGAGAAGGACAUGGAUGUGCAUGGUGAUGUUCCACCGCCAACACCGCCACCCGAGAAGGACAUGGAUGUGCAUGGUGAUGUUCCACCGCCAACACCACCACCUGAGAAGGACAUGGAUGUGCAUGGUGAUGUUCCACCGCCAACACCACCACCCGAGAAGGACAUGGAUGUGCAUGGUGAUGUUCCACCGCCAACACCGCCACCCGAGAAGGACAUGGAUGUGCAUGGUGAUGUUCCACCGCCAACACCGCCACCCGAGAAGGACAUGGAUGUGCAUGGUGAUGUUCCACCGCCAACACCACCACCCGAGAAGGACAUGGAUGUGCAUGGUGAUGUUCCACCGCCAACACCACCACCUGAGAAGGACAUGGAUGUGCAUGGUGAUGUUCCACCGCCAACACCGCCACCCGAGAAGGACAUGGAUGUGCAUGGUGAUGUUCCACCGCCAACACCACCACCCGAGAAGGACAUGGAUGUGCAUGGUGAUGUUCCACCGCCAACACCACCACCUGAGAAGGACAUGGAUGUGCAUGGUGAUGUUCCACCGCCAACACCACCACCCGAGAAGGACAUGGAUGUGCAUGGUGAUGUUCCACCGCCAACACCACCACCCGAGAAGGACAUGGAUGUGCAUGGUGAUGUUCCACCGCCAACACCGCCACCCGAGAAGGACAUGGAUGUGCAUGGUGAUGUUCCACCGCCAACACCGCCACCCGAGAAGGACAUGGAUGUGCAUGGUGAUGUUCCACCGCCAACACCGCCACCUGAGAAGGACAUGGAUGUGCAUGGUGAUGUUCCACCGCCAACACCACCACCCGAGAAGGACAUGGAUGUGCAUGGUGAUGUUCCACCGCCAACACCGUCACCUGAGAAGGACAUGGAUGUGCAUGGUGAUGUUCCACCGCCAACACCGCCACCUGAGAAGGACAUGGAUGUGCAUGGUGAUGUUCCGAUGGUUGUGGAGGGUAGUGCAAAUGUUGAUUCUUCAUGUGUGCUUGUUUGUAGUGGAGGUGCUGAAGAAGUUGUUGAUGUCCCUGCAGAUCUUGAAUCGGUUGAUGAUGAAAAUGUUUAUGUUUCCGAAUUGCAAUCCACUGCUGUUUUGAAUGAAGAUGUUACAUUGUUGUUAGAUGAAUGUGACAGAAUGGUGGUAGGUCGUGACGAGGGUGCCUCUGGUAGAUCUGUUGGCGUGCCAACACUACAGGCUUCUAAUUUAAUAGAAUUUCCACCGCCAUCAAAUGGAAAAGAACCUGCUACCUCGAGGGAAGAGGCAGCUGAUCUUCUUUUAACACGUGAGAGGGAACUGCUCGAUGCGAUGGAACAUGAGAAUGAGUGUAUUGACAUGCUUGUGCAGUCUCUUAGAAGGAUGGAUAAUGCAUCUGAGAAGGAUAGGGCUGCUUAUUGUGCCGAAGUGGACAGGUUGCAGCAGCAGUUUAAGCUGCUGGAUGAAGCGGAGGAGGAGCUGACGUUGCUGCUGGCGCGUGCCACCCAAAGGUUUAAUUUAUGUCGUGAGGAACGUCGGAAAUCACAGUUGGAGCUCUUGGAGGCGCGCGCGCGGAAGGAAACGUACAGUUUGGCACUUGCUAUGAUGGACCGGGAGUUGCGUACACAGUUUGAUAACGAUGGCAACCGUCGCCCAGGAGGGAUGUUCCUAUCCAAAAGUGACUCUUCAUAA